AUGGCUCCUAGUUUGAGCAAAGAUGGGUCUGGUACCACUGUCCUUGCAGAUGGCUUUAAUGGGUCAUCGAUCACGUUGGAAGGAUCAAACUUCAUGGCCAAUGGCCACGUGAUUCUCUCCGAUGUUGCUUCUAAUAUCACAGCCUCUCAAUCACCCAACACUGCCGGCGAUAAGACUGCAACAACCACAGCCGGCUGCUUCGUUGGUUUUGAAACUAACGAGGCAAAAAGCCACCAUGUUGUGCCGGUCGGAAAGCUGAAGAACAUACGGUUCAUGAGUAUUUUCAGGUUCAAGGUCUGGUGGACAACCCACUGGAUUGGAACCAACGGUGGAGAUCUGGAACACGAAACCCAGAUGGUCAUUCUCGACAAAUCUGAGUCUGGACGGCCAUACGUCUUGUUACUUCCGUUAUUGGAAGGUCCUUUCCGGGCUUCUCUCCAGCCCGGUAAUGCCGAUUACGUCGACGUUUGCGUGGAAAGUGGGUCGACGAAAGUCUCCGGUUCCUCAUUCCGGGGAGCUCUGUACAUUCACGCCGGCGAAGACCCUUUUUCUCUGGUCAAGGAGGCCAUGAAGGUUGCGAGAGAUCAUCUCGGAACCUUCAAACUCUUGGAGGAGAAGACUCCACCAGGAAUUGUAGACAAGUUUGGUUGGUGCACUUGGGAUGCUUUUUACCUUAAUGUCCACCCUCAAGGUGUCUUGGAGGGCGUGAAAGGGCUCGUCGACGGUGGUUGCCCCCGGGGCUCGUCCUUCUCGACGAUGGGUGGCAGUCCAUUUCUCAUGACGAUGACCCUAUCACCCAAGAAGGCAUGA